UCAAUGAAUUAGUCAUUCUUCGCUAAUUACGAGAUAAAGAUAUGAAUUUGAUUUCUGGGGUAUAUAAAGGAGUAGCUCUUUUGGUAUUGCUUAAGUUAUUAUUUCUUUUUUGGUUGGCGUAGGAUCUCCCCGAAUACCGGUGCAGAUAUGAAAGUUCUUUGGAUUGUUGCUGUUUUUGUCUUGGUACAAUAUAUUUCGGCUCUUCCCACCCAAGUGGCCCAAACUGGCGAAUCGGAUACUACAGACAAGGAGAAGCUCCAUGAUGUAGCGAAAACAAUAGUUAAAAAUAUAAAUCCAAUUCUUCAGAAAUUUAACGAGAACCGUGACAAAGAUGUUUCAACGACAAAUAAGAUCGUUGCAACUAUGGGUACAGCAAUUGCAGCUAUCAAUGGUGAUGUGUAUUAUGAAAUUGUGAAUUUUGAACAAAGUGAGUCUAAUUCAAAAUUUUUCAAAUAAAAUCAAGUAAAUUUUGAAAAAUA